UUACUUAGGACGCAGGCGGUUUCCAUACGUUCAGUUUCUUUAUGAAACGCAAUCGAUGCAGACGCAUUCAAACGGGAAAUAAAGCGAGUUGCUGUAUAAAAAAAAAAGUUGUCUCAGAAAAAACUAAAAAAAAUACUGAAAUUCCAAAAAAAGAGAUUACCAAAAAAAUUUCCACAAAACAACCAAAACGUUGGCGGAUAAUUAGAAAAAAAGGAAACAACAUUUUUGGUGUAUGUUAUGAAAUAGAAAUUAAAUAAUUUCCUGUUCUUAAGCCACAGUGAAACAUAAACAGAACAGUGAUUAAAAUUUGAAAGAAAAAAAAUAAGAAAGCCCCUUAAUUGGAUUGACAAAUUUUCUUUAAAAAAAGCAUACAAAAUAGCCAAGCAAAAAAGGAAUACAGUGAAAUUAAUUUAAAGUGUUUGAAAGGAAAUAAGACCCCUUUUGCUGAAAUUCAAAAUCGAAUGCCAAGGCAAUAGUGAAAUUUAUUUGCUAACAAUUUUUUUUUUAAUUAAAUUUCAUACCCGUUCGAGUGCUGAGCUUUGAUUGAUCAUUUGAGUGUUACCAAUUUGCUGCUUAACUUUUCGUUAAACAAUUCAUCAUCAAAAGAAACCCAAGGAGGAGGAGCACAAUAAAAAGAAACAAAACUCACAGUUUAUUUUGAACAAAACUCCAAAACAAACACUUUUUGUUCGUUCCAAAACAAUUGUUUUCGUUAUUUUAUGGCUUUACAAUGACGAGACACCUGCAAUUUGUAUGUGCCACUGCCUGCCUAUGGCUUCUGGCCUCGGCCCAACAUUCCUCAUCGCUGGACAAAUGGUCGCGACAACUGGAGCCCACGGAUCCCGGUGUAUCGGAUAGCUUCGAUUGGGUGCCUUUGGCUCAACCUGCCGAAAGUACCACCAAAGAUCGUUCGGGCAAUGGACGUGUGCUCACCUACUCUCAGACAUUCCCGCCCAGUGCCAAAUUUGCCGAUUUGGGCAAGGGUGGCUUUAAUGGCCCCCAAUCUCAGAAACCGGCACCCUUUGAUUAUCCUCCCUUUCAGUUCCAAAGUUUUGGUAAUGCCCCACCACAAACUCAACCCUUAAGGCAAUCAAAUGGCCCGCUGAGAAAUCAGGAUCCAACAUCACAAUCCUUCUUUAAAUUUGAAAUGCCCUUCAACCAACAGAAUUCACGACCAUCUCCUCUGUCCUCUUCGGGUGUAAAUACAGGCUAUCAAAUUUCACAUGCCUUUGGCGGAGGUGCCCAGGCCACACUCUUCAAUUCGCCUUUGUUCAAUCAACAACCCGCUUUUCCUGCCGAAUUUCAUCCUUUACCGCAGAAGCCUUUCACCCAACCUUUGCAACAGAAACCGUUUACUCAACAAAAUGUCAUAGACGACUCCUUGUCCCUGAAGAAUUUCUUCAAGGAGAACAAACCCUUGUCUCAACCAACUUCGUCGCCUUUGCAAGCGGUAACACCUCAAGUUUUCCCCGCUAAUCCACCAGCUGAACAAAACUUUGCACUGAGAUCUCCCUUCAGUGGACUGCCCUCGGCACCUUCAGGUGCUGCCCCUGGCCAGGACGGACAAUUUCUGUAUGUGCCCUAUAAUGAUGUCUAUAACUUCCCAGCUCCACAAUCCCAGCCCUCGGUGCAACAACAGCCACAGACCCAAAACCUCUUUGAACAGCCCAACAAGUUCAACGCAAACUUGCCCACCGUAAAUCCCUACCAAAUCAAUCAAUUCUAUACCCCAGAUCCCAUAGCCCCGGGAGUACAACAGCAGGCGGUGGGAACUCUGUUCUCAAGCACUACAUCCAAACCCCAGACCACCUCACUUAAGCCCUCGAAUAUCUUCCAAAACUUUGCCAGUCCCCCAUUCACCACUGCAGCUCCAACAAAACCCAAACCAAAGGCUCAUCAACCUGCUCUGGCCAUGUUCCUGUAUCGUGCUUCGGCUAGACCCUCACAAACCGAUGUGGUUGAAGCCUUGGCUUCCUCAAAAAGCAUAGCUGUCAUUGAUGCUCCCAAUCAAAACACCCCUGACAUUUUUGUGGGUCCUGCCGGUAUGCCCACACCCAAUGGUUAUACGAAAUUCGAUUUGCCCUAUCUAUCGCAAUUGCAAAGUGGUGGCCAAGAUAUUAAUGACAUACCCUACUUUGUGGCUCCUUUGAGUUACCGCACUCCCGGUGGUUUCAAUAAAAUUCUGCUGCCAGAACCCCAUGUGGGCUCCAUUGUGGUCAAUUUGGCCAAACAACGUCCAGCAACCACACAACAAUCGAAUGUCUACUAUCAGCCACAGUUGCAGGAUAUUCCAGCGACAACACAACGUCCACGUACCUCCACCCAGGCUAAUGUUCUCUUCCAACCCCAUUAUCAGGAAGUUCAAACCUCAACACAUCGUCCACGCACUUCCACACAGAGAGUGAAAGGUGGAGCUCCCAGCCGAGGCAACAAGUACAGCUAUUACCUAGAUCAAGAUGCCAUACAAGAGGUGUCCUCUCCGCAGAUCCCCGCACAGAAAGAGCGUCCCAAGAAGAAACGCCCACAAUCGUCAAAGGUCGAACAACCCCUGUUUGGUGGACAGCAGCAGUUAAGCAAUCCCUAUGCCCAAUUCAAUCCCAUACCCAAUCAAAUCACACCCGAUGAAUACUACAAGUUGGCCACCAAACCCAGCAGCACCUCAUCGACAAGCACAACUUCGACGACCAGUACCACCACUUCAACUACCUCGACCACACCUCCUCCUCAGACCUAUUUUACUUAUAAUACCCAAGCUGAAGAAGACUAUUCUAGCCAUCUGUACUCCAACAAUGGAGCUGCGGCACAAGAGGAUAAACCACGAUUGACCACCAGACCGCCGUCCUAUACCACAACUCCCGAAGAAGAGUAUCGCAUGAAACAAUACUAUCGCCAGCAAGAGGCCAUACGCAACCGUCCCAAACCGGUGCCCCAAACCAAUCCCACAGGCUACGAUCAAGUCCAAUACACCCCGGUUAACUUUGAGUACGAAGUUUCGCCUAAAACCACCACCGUCAAGCCUCGCAUUACCUUCUAUACCCCUACGGUGGGUCCAGCGCCUGACGAUGAGGAUUAUCCCAACACUUUACCUCCCAAACAGCAACAAUCGACUGGCAACCACUUGCCCGCCAACCAUCGUCCUUCUUAUGUUCAAAAUGAAAUCACCGACAGUCCGGUGGAAUAUGAUCCCAAUCCUUAUCAAUUGCCUUCUGAGUUGCCCUCAUUGACACCCAAUCUACCAGGCUUGGUCAAUAAUCUCAAGGAUAUGAAGGAACAGCAAAAUACCGAAGCCGAACAACAAACCACAGCCACCCCAAGCUAUGAGCCGGAGACUUCGACACCAAGACCAUCGCGCCGUCCCUUGACACGAGUAAGAAAACCCACCAAAGCCAGUUACCAAGAGGCUGACAACGAUAGCGAGACCGUAACCAGAAGGCCGGCCACACGUGUCAGACGUCCAUUUGGAACCCGCAACUCUGUGGCCUCAGCCAUUACCACCAAUUUGGAGAAUGAAGUAUCCUCAACCACUACCAGAAGACCUACAGGCUCCCGCAAACCCCUGAUACGCAAUCCCAAUCGCAUUCGCUAUCAACCCACUCCUGAGGAAAGACAGACCUUAAGAAUCAAACAAAGAAAGAAGUACCAAGGCUCUUCCAAGGUGGUGGAACAAACCGAGGACCUCGACUAUCAGCGUGAUGUUUUGAAGCAAAAUUACCCCGUCUUCAGACCCGGCAGUGGCACCCGCAUACCCAGCAGUCCCUCGGCCAGACCCAGUUCAUAUGACUUUACUACAACCGAAGCACCCACCUCGGAAACACAACAAGUCUACACGGUGACGCCCAGCAAUCACAUAGACAAUGAACAGGUCUUCCCUGCUGGCCUUUUGGAACCUAUGCAAAUAGCCCAACAAUAUAGUCCCUAUAAGGACAACUAUGGCCCCGGUUACUUCCCCAAUCAGGAAGAUCUCAAUCCCACGGAGCCUGUAAGAAAUGAAAUCAAUCCAGUGUAUACCACCUAUCCCAGUACGACAGUGGCACCACCUACAACGACAACUACAGAGGCAACUACAACGACGACUACGACUACAACAACCACAACUGAAGCUCCAGUGGUGAUUACCACAAGGCGUUCACCAUUUGUGAGGAGAAAUUAUCCACGCAUUAGGACCACAACGACAGAGACACCAACCACAACAACACCUGCUGCCGAGGAUAGACCAUCGAUCCGCAAUCGCCUGCCACCUCGCAAAGUCAUUAAAGUUCGCACACGCAAUCGUCGUCCCUUGCACCCGGCCUCCUCAACACCAGCACCAGAAGAGGAGAAUGAGCCCACUGAGGAACCCAAGCAAAAUUAUCGCAAAUUGAAUCGUUUCAAUCAGGAUCUUUAUGAUAAUGAGACCCCCAGACGUCGUUAUAAACAAAAAUUCCAAUUGGAAGGUCAGGAAUCACAAUGGUCUCCAGCGGUCAAACUUGGACCCAGCAACAAUUUCAAGCCAGUCAAUCCCAAGGACCAUAGCGUUAACAAACACAAAUUCGAAGAAGAGCCUGAAAUUGUUACCAUGGGACCUAAUGGUGAGGGCCAGGAUAACUAUGAGGUCCGAGUGUCGGCAAAUCUGUCACCUUCUAUGGGAACCAAUGCUGCCAAGCCACAAAUGAAGGAACCUAAUUUGAAACCUGAGAAAUCCUUUGCAGAACUUCUAGAAGAAGUCAUGGGAAAGGCACCUGAGGACAAAGCAGCCGAAGUAACCACCGAAGCAGCAUCAGAUGGCACCCUUUUCGAAUCCCAAAAAACAACCAUAGCCAAUCGUCUGAAUCGUCGUGGAAAAUGGAAGAAGACUCGCAUUGUGUCCGCCCAUAAUAAUGGGGAAAGUUUCGAAACUGCAGAAUCACAAAGUUUGGGCUCCCAAAUAUUCAACAACCUGCAGAGUAAGGAAAAAACCCAAAGCCCAGUGGAUGUAACAAAGGAUUGGAAGACCACCACACCCAUGACAACAGCUGCGGAAAUUAAUGCCAUGUAUACAUUGGGUAGCACAACCCCCAUUCCUAUGAGUUCCAUGGAACAAUAUGGUCUGACCACAGCAAAACCCGAGGAAGCUUACACCACCACAUUUGCUCCCACCAUGCCCAUGAAUACUGAUGAGGCUGAAGAUGAAAUGAGAGAAAGCACCACCACAGAAAAACCUCAUUAUGCGGAGGAAGAGGAAAGUGCCACCCGACGCAUGGAUAACGCAGCCAUGGAGGAAGAUUUAGAAAUUCAACCCAGCCUAUUUUCUGAAGUGAAAAAGCAGCUACAUGAGCUAUUCUCAAUUGAGGAAAGCGAUGAUACAGCGGUAACGGCAGCUUUGGCUGCAGUGGGUAAACGCCGCCAAGAAUACACACAUAUAAAGAGGCCCAAAUUAGAGACUACCACAUUUGCACCUCAACCCGAUUUUACGGAGCCCAUGUCGGUGGAAGACAAAAAGGCCUUCCACCGAGAGCUGAUGAAGCAUGUGGUAUAUGCAACAUCGGCGCCAGCUAAAGAAAUGCAGGAACAGACGCCGGAAACGGAAAUCUGUUAUAGAGGGCGUUGCAUAAAAUCUGAUGAUUUGCCAGCCAAUCAUAAAUUAAAUUAAUUUUAUUGUUAUUAUUAGAUAUUAACUAGGAUGUUCUAAAAUUGUUUUGUGUUAGUUCUAAAUUUUUCUGUUUCUUUUUUUAAUGCUGUCUCUCUCCUGUAUUAUUUUUAAUUCCUUCUUUUCACUUUCAUUAUCGUUUUGUGUUUCUAGAGAUUGUAGCUAGAUACCAAGUAGCAGCAGGGAAAUCAUAAAUCACUGUACACUUGGUGCACUAAGAAAAUUGUUUUGAAAUUUCCAAACAAGUAUUUUUCUGAAGAAAGCGACUUGUGGCUGAUUCGGUAUAUACAAAUUCGAAACAAGAAUAAGUUUGAAAUUUUCAAAAAAAACUUACACUUGAGUUAUAAUGGUGUCACAAUGGCCUACACGUUGUCGAUGUAAGUCUGUACUCAGUGACAUCCUAUUCGCGCAUAAGUUGUAAAGAAUGUUGAAAUGGGUUUGGGGUUCAAAAAGAAUUUUCCAGCAGCCCUAUUUUAGCAUCAAUAGUUUCUUAAGUUCAGAACCAUUAAUGUUUUGUUAGUUGAUUCGUUCUCCAAUUCGUCGAAAUCACUUGCUUUUCCUCCAUAAUAUCAGCUGAUUACGAUGAGUUGGCGAACGAACCGAAUGACAAUAUAUUAGUUUGGCUGACCGUUAGAUCCAGUAGUGCAGCGAUAUUUUUUAUUUACUUUCUUUCUCUCUCUUUUCUGUAAACUGAAACCAAAUUUCUCAGUUUCGAUUUCGUUACUUUAUUUUUUCUUUUUAUUUCAUUUUACUAUGUUUUUAUUACAAUAUUUUUUGAAAAUCUCUUGAAAAUCCCUCCUUUCGUUUCUCACUCUCUCUGUUACCCUCAUUAUUCCCAAUUUCUUCUUCUCUUCAUGUGUGAAUCGAAUUAAUGAAUGUGUCAUUUAUUUUUCUUCUUCAAAAAAAGUCAUAAAUAUCCUCAUACGCAUAUCUAUUUUAUUUAUUUCCCCCCCGCCCCCACAAAUCUAUUCUAUAAUUUGUAAUUAUUUAGCUUUAAUUUAUAACAACAACAACCAGAAAAGACAAAUGAACGAUUUUCAUGUAAUUAAUUAAUUUUAUUUAAUUAAGUUUUAAUACCUCUUUUGCUUAACUUUGUCUUAUCUUCUGUUUUCUAUACUUCUCAGAGAGUUGUAAGUUACCCAAUAAACUAAGGAUUAUUUAGUUUUUAAAAAAGUUUAUCAACUUGAAUUCUGUUACUUUUAUCAAUGAAAUCAUUACUACAUGAAAUUCUAUUGAAUUUAACUAUAUGUCAAAUUGAAUUCCGAUUUUGCAGACUUACAGUGCGCUACAAAAGUCUACAUAUACAAAAUAGCAUGCAUAUUGACUUACAAAUUCUACUUUUCAUAUAGUUUAAUUAAAAUUUAUUUCAUAUAGUAUUGUGUAUUGUUGUUCAAUUAACGAUCAAUAUCAUAUAUGAAUUAACGAAUUUCUGAACCUAAGCUAAGUUUCUAAGGCGUCUGUCAGUUGAAUCUUACUAACAAAUUUGGAUAUUCUAUUGUUGAAUUCAACUUGAAAAAAUUUUAAACUUUUUUUAUAAUAUCAAGUGUU